GUUAUAAACUUCUGCAUUAUUGCUUCGAGAAAAAACCUUUUACCUGAAUGUAUAAGUCCCAACUUUUUGCGUUAAAGUUGUGACGGUAAUAACAAUUUCUAGGUUACAGUAGCGACUUGAAUUAUUGAUCAAACUUUUUCAACUUUCUUGCGAUAAAAAGUUGGGUUAGCCACCAGCAGUAAUAUUAAUACUUUUAUCGCUAUAAUCCUAUGACGUACAAUUAACUCAGUAAAUCGAUAAAACUCUUGUGAAAUAGAAGAUUCUUAUAUCCAUAUACGAACGCCAACUUUUUAGAAACUCUGACAUAGCUAAGCGUCCGGAAUUAGGAAAUCACCACCAUGUUUGUGAGUAAACAUCAAACGCUCUUAUAGCCUCUAGGUGAAAUCCUUGAAUUAUUCUGGCGAGUUCUUGCUUCUGGCGCAUGCCCGUUGCGUUUGAGAUCCUGCAGACGAAAAAUGUUGUUGUUUAUCUAGACCACAAAGUUGCGACAGCAAAAGGACCAGUUCAGUCCGGUUUUAGCAUAUAAGACAUCUCUCACGAGGGUCUGUAUACUGUCGCAUCGGCAUGGGAAGCAUCAACGCGGAUAGAAUCAAGUUACUUCUGUGCGGCCGUGAAGUCGUACCCCGUAUCAGUGAAACUAAGUCGUCAUAUCGCAAUCGGAAAUCAAGCCACUUAUUUUAUCGGCAAUCGAUGUUUCAAACCUUAAUGUCAACUGGACAAAUUUCGUCAAACCAGGAGAAGAAGUCAGGAAGAACAAUCCAACAUGACCGAAAAAACUGAAAAAACGGCGGCCGGCCGUUGCCGCUCAGCUCCUAGUCUGAGUCCAGACAUCGAUGCUGGAUGGGCUUGGGUUAUUGCUGGAGCUGCUCUCGCCGCUUCGGCGAUUUCGUCGGCUGUCUACUACACCUUCAGCAUGUAUUUCCCGUUGCUUCUCAAUGAAUUCCAAGCGACACGGUCGACCACCGCUUGGGUUGGAUCGCUCAACAAUGGCGUAUACAUGUUAGCAGGUCCAAUAGCCACAAUAUUUAUUAAGCGUAUUGGAUGCCGAUGGACCGUUAUGCUGGGCGGAAUAUUAUCGAUGAUCGGGUUCGCUUUGAGUAGUAUUGCGCCCAGCCUUAUAAUGCUGUUUUUUACACAUGGGGGAAUAACAGCAUUUGGUCUAUGCUUGAACUACACAUCAUGGAUCGUGGCUAUUUCAGACAGCUUCGUCAAGAAGCACGCGAUCGCUUUCUCGCUAAGCCAAUCUGGUGUUGGAUUAGGUGUUUUCGUCUUUGGGCCACUUUUCAAUUUUCUAAUUGACCUGUACGGAUGGAGAGGCGCAUUCCUCAUCACUGGCGCCUGCACUUUUCAAUUGACUUGCUUGGGCGCUUUGAUAUUUCCACCAAGGGAGCCAGCGAAAAAUGAAAAUGUGGAUUUUGAAAGCUUUCCUCUCAACGCAAACGACAAGCAAGGAGAGAAAGAAGAGAAAAGGUACUCGGAUGUAAUUGAAUCCCAGGUUACAGUUGAUGAUUACAUCGACGGGACCCAACAGUUAAAGAGGACGGACUAUUCGGCCUGGCUGCUGCAUCUUAGCAGCUUUUUUUGGUUACUUGCCACAUCCAUACCUUACAUUUUACUGGCUGAUUACACUCGCUCUCUUGAUCUCGAGGAAUAUUAUAUCGUUAUGCUGAGCACUAUGGGAGUAGGAGACCUUGUGGGCCGUUUAGUUAUCGGUCCGCUCGUUACGUUUUGGAAUCUUGAUGUGACAAAAAUUUACGCCGUUUCCCAGGUGUUUUGCGCUAUUUUGAUCGCAUCCUUUCCAUUAGUUGUGAACGGAAUUCAAAUGAUUAUCCAAGGCUUUUUAUUUAGCGUAAGCUAUGGCCUUCAGUGUUUGCUCCUUGCACUGGUACCGCGAUCUCUUUUUGGAACACUGAAUUUGAGCCGAGUUUUCGGUAUAACAAUGUUUUUCGGGGGUCUUGGAAUACUCAUUGGUCCACCAAUUGCCGGACUAAUUGUAGAUAGCACUCCAGGGCGGUCUUAUUGGUUGGCAUUUGUAUUUGCUACUGUUAUUCAAUUUUUAGCAGCAGCAUCAACGAUUGGUUGCUACGUUCUGCGUCGAACGAAACGGUAACCCUAUAUUUAAAAAUAUCUUUGAAUUCCGCUUCUUGCAACUCAAAAGUCUUCCUAAAGAUAAAAUUGAAAUAAUGUUGACGAGUUUUAAUUGACGUUAUUUUGACUUGUAGUUCUUUCAGAAAUUCGAAACAAUGAAUGAAACAAUAGCGUUACUAAUAUUAUUAUUAUGACACCCAAUAAAAUUGGUGUUAAAACAGAAAAAAACAUUCAUAUACAUCUUCUUAUUCACUUGUAAUCGCUUUCAAUACAAUUUUGCUUCAAGGUAAACGAAAACUAACUAAAAAACAAUCGCGAAAAAAUGGGAAUUUAAAUUUCGAUAUCGAGAUGAAUUUUCAUUUACGGAUGCAGAAGACGAUUGAAUGCGUUGUAAGAAGUUUCAAGAUCAAAGAGUAAUUGUCGUACUUGACUUUCGCUGAGCUCAUCAGACGCUUGCAUGGAUAAAAGGGUUUGAAGCCACUGAUUGACCUUCUUCUUGCCUUCAAAUUCAUCAGGAACCAAACUAAGUCUUGCCAUAGUAUCAGCGAGGUCUCUAAGGUCUGGCUGCAGUUCAUCAUUGGCUCGAAUGUCCAGGCGAAGUUUAUCCAUACUUGUG